AUCGACGAUAUAGCAAUUUCCGGUGAGCGCAAGUUCUGUGUUUGUUGUUACUACCGCUGGUAUAUAUCUUUUAGCCAAAUUUUCCUCGUCUCUUCUCGUCGUUGAUAUUUACAUGCUUUUGUAGUGCCUGAAAUACAACUCAUGGAUUUUCUCUCAAUAAUUAAACGAACAAAUACAAAAAAAACUAUUUUAAAACCGUUCAAUACAGCAAAGGAAAAUAUACAACCAACAGAACUCCACGUACACUGCUCAUUCGCCGGAAAUUGAGAUCCAUGACCUGUAUCCUGAAAUGUGACGUCACCUGGUGCAAGUGUAUACGCUUUCAGCAUUGGAACGUAGCUCCAGGAAAUAGUUACUUCAGAUCGACUGUACUGACUGACCCGGCUGUAGGGCAUUUAUGAACCCGUCAAUGAUUAUUCCAAAGGAAGAGAUGGGAGGGAGGGAGAAAGAAUUGAAAAUACAUUUUACGCCAGGUCAUGUGGAAGUUGCAGAGAUUUCAAGAAACUGAGGCUAGACACCAGGAAUGUUGCUGGAGUGGUGGUGAGAAGGAAACCGCACUGAUACAGAUACUGGACCCUCUGUUUCUUCUGUCAGGUGCCUGGGGGAAUGUUUCAGUGACUGAGUGCUCAGGACAGGUUCCUCUGCUUCAUGAAUCAAUGGGAGAAUGUUCACGUCCCAUUCAGACGUGUCCUAGUAACCGGGGCCAAAGGGUUACUAGGGCGGGCAGUUUACAAGGAGUUUCAAGACAAUGACUGGUAUACCGUUGGCUGUGGGUACAGUCGUGCCCGACCCAGAUUUGAAAAAUGCAACUUGCUGGAUGCUGACGCUGUACGAGCGAUGAUUCAGGAGUUUCAGCCCCAUGUUAUAGUGCACUGUGCUGCAGAGAGGAGGCCAGAUGUGGUAGAAAGUCAGACAGAUGCUGCGAUACAGCUGAAUGUAUCUGCUGCAGGAAAUCUGGCCAAGGAAGCAGGUGUGAGUUUUGUGAUCUACAUCAGCACAGAUUAUGUAUUUGAUGGAAGGAAUCCUCCAUAUGACGUUAAUGACACUCCAAACCCAUUAAACCUGUAUGGAAAAACAAAGCUGGAAGGAGAAAGAGAGGUCCUGCGAAAUAAUAUGGGAGCGGCAGUUCUCAGAGUUCCUGUUCUAUAUGGAGACGUUGAGAAGCUCGAGGAGAGCGCCAUAACUGUGAUGUUCGAUACAGUUCAGAACUCCACAGAUUUGAUCAGCAUUGACCACUGUCAGCAGAGGUUCCCCACCUAUGUGAAGGACGUGGGUCGAGUGUGCCGCCAGCUAGCAGAGAGCCGGCUCCAGGAUCCUUCUUUGAGAGGUAUUUUCCACUUCUCUGGUAACGAGCAGAUGACCAAAUAUGAAAUGGCGUGUGCAAUCGCAGAUGCCUUCAGCCUGCCAAGUAGCCACCUGAGACCAAUCACUGAAACCCCGGUGGAGUCAGGGGCUCUUCGUCCACACAAUCCUCAACUGGACUGCUCCCGUCUGGAGAAUCUGGGUAUUGGACACAGGACACCCUUCAAACAGGGGAUCAAGGAGUGUCUUUGGCCUUUCCUCCAUGACAAGAGAUGGAGACAGUCGGUCUUCCAUUAAGAAACCACUGAGGGCAAUAAUCACCCCCUCCCCCCUUUUAGUUUUGCUUGUAUUACUUUUUUAGCACAAUGAAAACUGUGUACAGUAACAAACCAAUAAGCUUUUCAAGUCAAAAUCCAAACUAGUUCAUUUGUGGUCAAUGUUAAGUACGUGACACUUUAAAUGAAGAUUAAUAAUGGUAAUAAUAAUAAUUUCCUUUGAAUGUUAAUAGCAUUUCAUGGAAGGAUAAAAGCUUGAAACGAGAGGGGGAAAAAUACCUCUAUAAAGAACCUUGUUCCUUUUUGAUUAUAAGAAGUAUUCCUAGUUGCCUUUUAUGUCAUUUAAUUUUUAAAUAAACAUAAUUUGUUUGAGAUGGCUACCUGUUUUAAAUACGUUCCUAACAGUGACACUUUGCAUUCAUGCCAUCAUUUAUCUGCCUUCUGUAUUUUGCCCCUGUUGACUUGUUUUAUGCAGGUGAUAGUCACAUGAAGCACAAUGUUGGUUAUAUGUUUUAAAAAUCUUAAAGGGGCUUGUAAAAAGUACAAAUUUACAUUUAUCAAGUAGAUGUUAUGUAGCUGAAGCAAGAUAACGUCUUUGCACUUUUUUAUUAGGUUAUUUUGAAAGGGGGUUAUUUCCCAAAGGCUGAGCCCUGCACUGCACUUAAAGGUAUAUUCAGGUUUUUUGUUUUGAGACGUUAAGACAUAAUUUCACAAUUCUAAAAUAAAUAAGAUAAUUUUGUUAAUUGUAUGAAUAUGUUUGAAAUCAAUAAUGACGAUGAGUGAUUUAUAGCAAACUGACUACUGUCUUAAUGGAUUAUUGUGGAUUAUUAGUGCGACUUUGCUGGAAAAGACCUGGCUGGUUUAUCGAGAUUCAUGAGGUUUUUGUAUGUGUUAACUGUACCCCAUUGUGUAAUAAAGUCUAGUUAAGCAC